AUGGAGGCCAUUGAUCCCGGUCUGGAGGAGGAAUGGGAAUACGAAUACCAUGAGACCGAGACUGAGUCCUUCUACCUGAACCUCGACCUCACCUCCCACCAUGGAUUGAUCCGUCCUCCCCGACGGCGUCAGGAGGGCUCGACCCCCGCAACCGAAACAGACCUGGCGGCUGACGAAGGCACAGAAGGGUCUUCUGGUCGAGACCCCUUCACGCCCGUUGCAAGCACAGAAUCCGAGCCCCUCUCUGCUGAACGAAUCCAAAUCCUCGGUCUCCACACGUGCAAUCCGAUCGUCUCGUACCACAAUCAAAUCUUCAGUUGCGCCUGGGCCGAUCAGAUCGGCACCGAGUUAGUCUUCGCGCACCCGAAUUCUCUCCCGGACACUGACCAUACCUUGCCCGCACCUCUGCGCCAGGGCCUAGCGUUCGAGCUCCUCGCAGCCAACAGCGUGAAGAUCCUCGGUCGCAAGGCAAACAUCACCUCCAACUCGGCCCCCGCAUUGGUCCAAGGUCCGGACUCUACCUCUGAUCCCUCUAGUGUUCCUGCAGGGGCCGGCGACCCGUCGGCCUCUCAGGCGCCCGGGUUCGGCAGCGUGCCCCGGCGCCCAGGCAUGACCUCGCAUCAAGCCCAAUUCAUCCACCGUCUGCAGAAGAUCAAAGCGGACAAAGGAGAGACAGAUACUGUGCGGACUGCUUUCAGUGGCCGCCGCAAUGUCAACUUCGCGGAUCGCCUUGGCGCGUGGGCCCAAACAGAGUCCCAAAUCGCGGAAAUCCGUAUGCUCAACGAACGUGCCAUCCAGGGUGACCCGGAGGCGCUGUCUGCCCUUCAUCAGAUGAUGCAGGAGCUUAGAGAGCAGCCUGCAGAAGGUCAUUUGCCAUCUUGA